AUGGCAGCGGGGGGUGCGGCUGUGCGCGCCCCUCCGGAGGACGAGGUGGACGCGGACGACGCCGCCGUGGCGGCGCUGUUCGAGAAGGACGGCAGGGGCGCGCCGGCGUGGUUCAAGCCCGAGGUGUUUGACCAGGAGGACUUCUCUGCUGACGAGUAUGUGGGAGAGAUCAAGCGCUACGUGCCGCUGGACCUCCUGCAGGGCCAGCUAGAGCGGUACCUCGCGGACCUGCGCGUCAAGCUCAACGAAGCGAUCAACAAGGACUACAACGACUUCGUCGCGCUCCCGUCCACGCUCUCGGGCGUCGGAGACGCCGUCACAGCCAUGCGAGCCCCCCUCUCACAGCUCCGGGACACAGUGUCGGAGGUCCGCGGCGCCAUCGAGGGCGAGCUCGGGGUGCUCAAACGCGGCCUCGAGGGCCGCGCGAGGGCCGCGGAGGCCCGGAAGACGCUCGAGCUCAUGCAGGAGGCCGGGGCGCUGUCGAAUAAAGUCAAGAAGCUACUUGCCGAAAUUCGCAGCGCACCGGACGGCGCAGCGCCGGCCACGCCCGCGGCGCCGUCCGCUGCAGGCACGCCCGCGCGGGCGCACCACCGCCGCGGAUCUUCCGCCGCGGCGCCGCUCGGGGCGGAGGGGGAGCUGGAGGAGCACGCGCGGUCGCUGGAGCGCGCUGCGGGCGAGCUGUCGAAGCUCGGGUAUCUGCUGGCGUCCGGGCCAGCGCUGCCGUCGUUGCGGGAAGCGCAGCGGAGCCUCGAGCCGAUGCACGACGAGGCGGUGGCGAUGAUGGACGCGGCGUUCGCGCGUGCGCUGGCGGCGGGGAGCCAGCCGGCGCUGCACGCGCUGCUGGGGGCGUACCUUGCGCUGGGGGAGCCGCACGCCGCGGAGGCGGUGGUCCGGAAGGCGGUCGUGGAGCCCCUCGUGGCGCGAUGCAUCAGCGAUGCGCAGGGCGGCGGGGAGGUUGUCGGGGCGCCGUCGUCGCCGGAGGCGCUCCGGAGGUUCCUGCAGGACGUGUUCCGCGGGUACCGGGAGCACCACGUGCGCCUGGUCGGCGCCGGGAGCCACAGCGCGGCGCCCACGGCGCCAACGAGCACUGGGGCGCCUGGCGCUCCGCAGUUCCUGGCCGCCGCGGUCGUGCCGGCGGUCGCGGACGCGAUCCGCACGCGGAUGCCCGCCGUGCUCUCUCCGGGGAUCCCCGCGGCCUUUCUGGCGUCGUUCCGCGCGGGCGCGACCUUCUUGGCCGAGCUGGAGAGCCUCUGCGAGACGGCCGCGGAUGUGCGGGCGCUGCGGGGCUCCGCGGCGGUUGCGGAGUUCCAGGGGCAGUGGAACCUGUCGGUGUACGUGUCGCUGCGGUUUCAGGACGUGGCGGGGACCGUGGAGCGGGCGCUUGCAGCGGGGCGGCUGGCGGGGGUCUCGCAGGCGACGCGGCCGGCGGCCGGGGAGCUGCGGUGGGGUCCGCUGCGCGAGGUGUGGGACGGAAUGACGCGGUGCUUCUCGGAGGGCGUCUGGCUCACGGAGGCCGCGGACCGGCUGCUCAAGAUAGCCCUGCAGGUCGUGGCGCGUGCGACGACGUGGGUGGCAGAGGGCGUCGAGCGCGCCGAGGCGGCCCCGAAGGCCGCCGACCGUGCGCGAGACGGGCAGGAAGCGGACGGGGGUGCCGGUGCGGCCGAGCAGACGGCCGACAAGGGCGCCUCGGGCGGGUGGGAGACGGACGCGGGGCCACGCGACUUUGCGGUGCUGGCGCGGGACCUGGCGACGUUCUCGGAGCUGAUGGGGUUCGACCUGGAGGCCACGGUUGCGGAGAAGCUGCAGGGCCUGCCGACUGACGCCGCCCGGGCUGCGAGCGGAGCUCUGGUGAAGCCGCGGAAGGCGAUUGCGGCGCUGGCUCCGCGGGCGGUGGCGCUGGUGGGGCGGGCGCUGGCGGGGGACUGUGGGGAGGUGUUGAGUCAGGUGCGGGGGGUGUCUGCGGCGUACCGCGUGGGGUCGCGCGGGAUGCCGACGUCUGCGUCGCCGUACGCGUCGACGAUCCUCGACGCGCUGCGGGCGUUCCUGGCGUCGCACGAGGGGGGGGAGUUGGAGGAGGGGUCCCGGGGGGGUCUCGUGGACGACGUGGCAGGGACCGUGGCGGAGCGCUUCGCGACGGUCGCGGGCGACAUGCUCAGCGCGAUCCGCAAGACGGAGUCCUCGCUCAAGAGGCUCAAGCGCGGCAAGGGCGGCGGGGAGGAGGGUGCUGAGUCAGGGGGUCCGUCUGACGCUGACAAGGUGGCGGCGCAGAUGUUGCUGGACGUGGGGGUGUUCGGGCGGGACUGGCGGGACGCGGGCGGGUCGCCGCUCGAUAGCCGGGCCUUCACGGCGCUGUGGGAUGCCGUCGCUCCGCCGGACAAGCGAGGCAAGCCGGAGUUGUGA